UUAGUUUCUGGGGAAAAUCAGAUUAACCUAUCUAUUCUUCUGUUUUCCUCUUUAUCCGAAAAGUUUUUCACUGGAAGACUCAACAGUAAUCGUUUAUUUACUUAGUGGAUCAAUCCAGACAAAUCCGACGGCUACAGCGACACAGAGAUAACGCGUUGGAUUCGAGUCUGGGAGGGACGAAUCUAAUUGCUUUUAGCUUGCUCUGCUUCUCCAGCCCAGCUUCAUCAUCCGAUUUCCAAAAUUCCAGGUUAAUAGAAGGCUUGGAUUAGCAGCAUUGAGAUUUCUGUUGUCAUGUAGAUUGUGUAUAAGUUCAUCUCUUGGACAUGCUGCAACAACUUGCAGUAUGCUAAAAUCUUCUUGCGUGUUUUUCUGCCGUCAAAUUUCAGUAUCUGUUCUCUUGUUAGUCAUAGUACUUAAUGCUGAAGCUGGCCUUAUGAACUUGAUUAAGUGAAUCCUAUUGAAGUGUAAUGGUCCAAUAAUUUUACAUCACAAUUGUAUGUUUGAAUUUAAGCACUCAGCCAUUUAACUGGGCGGAGAAAGCUCAUCAGAAAUGGUAAAGGAAGAAAUCAGCAAUGAUAGUUUCUCAAAUGUUGAGACUGAGGAUUCAGAAUCUCACUCUCAACAUAGUCCUGAGAAGGAGACAGGCUGGACAAGGAUGAACUGUCGUGUGUGCCAGUGUGCUGAAUCUGAUAAGAGGGGAGAUGCUGCUCUAGAAUUUUUGGGCAUCACUCCAGUUUUAGAACCUGAUGUAAGUAAUGUAGAAGAAAAGUCAGAUUGCGAGGAAAUUUCUAAAAACGCAUCUCUUAAGAGAAUUGUUGGAAGUAAAUCUGGGGUUGUGGAGUUUGUAAGCCCUGAUGGAGAGGUCUUCAUUUGCAAAACUGAUUUAGAAAUGGGUCUUUCUCAUCGAGACACUCUUAUUGAACUUGGUUGUUGUUGUAAAAAUGACCUUGCUGUAGUACACUAUGCAUGUGCACUUAAAUGGUUUGUCAAUCAUGGAUCUACCAUCUGUGAAAUAUGUGGAAAUGAGGCAAAAAAUGUCAGAAUUGCUGACUUUAAUAAGGUUGUUGCUUCUUUGAAAGAGUAUGAAGCAUUGAGGGAAAGAACUGCCAUUGGGCAACCCAGUCCUGCUCAAGUUCAUGCAAAUACUGGUGUAGAUCCUGAUGCUGUGGCUGCUAUCAGGAGGCUACGGCUAAGUGAAAUUGCACUAUGGUUUUGUCCUCGUAAUAGCAGUAACAACAACAAUGUGGACACAGUCGCUCUGGUCGUUUCUGAACAACCUUUAAAUACUGUUACUGAAGAUGCAGCACCUGUCCAAAAUCCUGCAACUAAGUGGGCAGUAGAGAUUACUGGGAUCCUGCUUGCUACUGGGCUACUUACUGUCAUCCUUGCAUGGCUCAUAGCUCCUCGUGUUGGGAAGAAAACUGCAAGAAGUGGUCUUCAUAUCUUACUUGGAGGCAUUUGUGCUUUGACGGUUGUGGUUUUCUUCCGCUUUUUCGUGCUCACCAGAAUUAAGUAUGGACCUGCACGUUACUGGGCAAUUUUGUUCAUUUUCUGGUUUCUUGUGUUUGGAAUUUGGGCUUCACGGACACACAGUGCUCAUACGACGUGAUUACUUAGCACGUCUCUUCAGCAUAGUUACAUUGGCCCCCGCCUUAUUUCUCUUCUUUACUCUCAUUUCCUUCUGACUCUGAACUUGAAGAUUUUUAAUUGAAUUUCAUUACGGUGGCCCCUAAUCAGUCUAUUUACUAGAUUUGUAAAUUGUUCAAGAUCAAAUAUAUUGGUUGCUAUCUA